AUGAAAUGGACUGAUCCAGAGGUUGGAGAAACUGAAUAUGCUGAGAAGUUCUACAUCAGGGGCCCCUCACCUCAGAUACAUCCUCCAGCAGAGCUUACAUGGAACCGAGCAGCCCGAGACUCCAGGACAUGGUCAUGCAUUACUGUUCAAAAGACACAGUAUGGCACCAUCUGUGUGAGACCAAAUGAAAAUCUUAUUAAUCAUGAAAGAAUUCACACAGGGGAGAAACCGUAUAUUUGCAACAAAUGUGGGAAAGCAUUCCAGACUGCAUCAAAAUGUAAAAGACAUGAUAGAACUCACACUGCAGAGAAACCCUUUGUAUGUAAGCAAUGUGGGAUAUCUUUCAUGCGAAAGCAUUCUCUUAUUAUACAUGAAAGACUUCAUACUGGGGGAAAACCCUAUGUAUGCAACAAAUGUGGGAAAGCAUUCAUUCAAAAUGGUACCCUUAUUAGGCAUGAAAGAAUUCACACUGGAGAGAAACCCUUUGUAUGUAAGCAAUGUGGGAAAUCUGUCAUGCAAAAUCGUUCUCUUAUUAUACAUGAAAGACUUCAUACUGGGGAAAAACCCUACAUAUGCAACAGAUGUGGGAAAGCAUUCAUUCAAAAUGGUACCCUUAUUAGACAUGAAAGAAUUCACAUUGGAGAAAAACCUUUUGUAUGUAAGCAGUGUGGGAAGUCUUUUGCCCAACAGGUCAGUCUUAUAAGACAUGAUAGAACUCACACUGGGGAGAAACCCUUUGUAUGUAAGCAAUGUGGGAAGUCUUUUGCCCUAAAGGAAAAUCUUAUUAAUCAUGAAAGAAUUCACACAGGGGAGAAACCCUAUGUUUGCAACAAAUGUGGGAAAGCAUUCCGGACUGCAUCAAAAUGUAAAAGACAUGAUAGAACUCACACUGGGGAGAAACCCUUUGUAUGUAAGCAAUGUGGGAAAUCUUUCACGCAGAAGCAUUCUCUUAUUAUACAUGAAAGACUUCAUACUGGGGAAAAACCCUACAUAUGCAACAAAUGUGGGAAAGCAUUCAUUCAAAAUGGUACCCUUAUUAGACAUGAAAGAAUUCACACUGGAGAGAAACCUUUUGUUUGUAAGCAGUGUGGGAAGUCUUUUGCCCAACAGGUCAGUCUUAUUAACCAUGAAAGAAUUCACACAGGGGAGAAACCCUAUGUAUGCAACAAAUGUGGGAAAUCAUUCAUCAGAGCAUAUGAUUGUAAAAUACAUGAGAGAACCCACACUGGGGAGAAA